CUAUAAAUAGAGAGAAAGAGAGAGCCUCUUUUACCAAGAGCUCAUUGUGAUGGCUUUACCAAGAGAAUACUACAGUGUUGAUGUAGAGUGUGUGGCAACUGGUAGGAGACACGAUGAUCGAUCCGUUGCGUUUGUGGCACUGGUAGAUCAGAAUGAAAGAUGUCUGUACAAGGAGAAAGUGAGAGUUGACAAGCCCAUAAUGUCCUACCUGACCCCACUGACUGGGCUGCGUAGAGGUGAUCUUGAUAAUGGGAAGAGUUUGGAUACUGUUAUAAGGGACAUCAAGAGGUUCCUAGGGCCUAAUGUUGUUCUUGUUGGUCAGGGAGUCAAGUCUGAUAUAGGCUGGCUUCAUCUCCAGCAAGGAAUUGAUUUCAAGUCGUCUGUCGAUCUUGGUGACUUCUUCAAAGUGUACAAUCCUCGCUAUAACAAUUAUUCGCAUUUCUCCUUGCAACAUGAAGCUAAUGUCCUCCUUGGACCAGGCACUAUAGGCUCCCAGCAUGAUCCUGAACAUGAUGCACGCAUCAGUAUAAGAUUGUUCAAUAAAUAUUAUGCAAAUCCGGCUCUCAAGGCUCGAGAUGAGAAGAGAUUGAUUGAAAUACGUCCGGAGCCUUCUUGGGCGAAGCAGAACGAUUAUCGCUGGGAGGGAGUCUGCAUGGCUGCCUACAUGCCAAAGAAGUGCUUCUGUGGAGCUCCAACUUAUGCUGACUGAAUUUUUAUUUCUUGCUGCUAUAUUAUGACAAUAAAAAGAGUUUUAUUAUUUUUUAAUGUACCGGUUUAUCCUUGUUUAUUUUAAACCAUUGCCCUUUAUAUGAUAACAUAAAUUGUUAUUUUUGUUGAUGUGUUUUAUUGUCAAUUGUUUGUUAAAAGUAGUAUUGGACCAUUGGUUAUAUAUCCUAA